UAGAGUUGACCAGUGGGCUCCAAAGAAAAGCUCCCCGCUUUCAUGGUUUCUUGUCUACUACCGGUAGUAAAUUUUCCGAUCAGCCGCGACCAGAAAGCUUCUUCUACUUCAAAAUUGAACUAUUGAGAUGGCGACUUAUGCUGCACUGGCUUCUCUUCUGCAAACGCUGGAUUAUCUACUGAAGUUCCCGUUGUUGAUCCUCGAAGUUAAGAAAAUGAAAGCCGAAGCUCUCAAACCAAAACUCGAUGAACUCUUAUUGCUUUUGACGGCAGGAGAACCCUCCGCAGUGUGGAGCUCGGGCUCCGGCUCUUGUCUGUGGGAGCUAAUUGAAGAAACUGAUCGAUCUCUGCAAUCAUCAGUAGAAGAUUUUAUUGAGGCACUUGGGAGGUCUCAUGCAGCUGAUACUUCGGAGAUCAGACAAAGAUUGCUACUCUACUUUACUAGUAGUACAAAGCCAAAAUCUGAACUUCUUGCGGAGGGAAAGCCUCAGAUAUUCAAGGAGAUCACAUCCUUUGAGGAAAAUUUGAGGAAAUUUCUCCACAGCACUGUCCAAGACUGCUUGUCAGGCAGGCCUAACCAUUUCUUGUACCGAUAUGGCCAUGUGGAAGAGGAUCUAAAUCCUCGAGAAUUGCCAGAUUUUUUUAUACAAAUUGUAUAUUCUCAAGUAGACAGUGAAACACCAGUAGUUGAUUCCCCGUUCUCCUCACCAAGCAGUGAGACUGAUGACCCCUACGUCGACAAACUUGACUCGACCGUACAACAUUCAAAUGGAACCAUCUCCUUUCCAGACCUUGAACAGCUGUUGUCGUUGGCAUUUCGCCAGAGCCAACUUCCAGUAAUUGUUAACAAGAUGGGACAUUUGUGGAGAACCUGUCGUCGGGUCGAUGACAGCAUCACUAGCUUCUCGAAAGCCACUUCCGAUUUAACAACUCUCCACCAGGAUAUUCGGUUCUUGCUAACCUUUCUUAAGGAGGAUUCUUCUAAUAUAUUCUGCCCUCAUCAUGAAUUGCUGAAAUGUAUGAAAGAUGUUGCAGAUAGAGCAAGGGUUCCUGUCGAACAAUGUAUGGUAGACUACCAAAUCGAGUCCAUUAUAACGUACCCCUUUUGCUUAUUGGCUGGGAUUCCUGCAAAAUUACAAGACUCUGGAAAGAUUCUUGAGUGUGCAGUGGACAGGAUUUUCUACGGAAAGAAGGGCAUUUGCCAAUAUUUGGUGCAGGCAUCAAUGCAGAUUCAACCCAUUAAAGAAAUGAUUACAAAGAUAAACGAUGAGAGUUCCAGUGCGCACACAUCAAUUAGCAGCAUAUCUCUACGCCAUUUAAAUAAGGACGACAUUGUGGUGGGUCUUGAUGAUGAACUGGUUAGCCUCCUGGAGGGACUCACCAGAGUGCCAUCAGGGCUAGAAAUUGUGACCAUUUUAGGGAUGGGCGGCAUUGGUAAGACAACUCUUGCUCGAAAAGCUUUUCGCCAUUCUUACACUGAAUAUCACUUCUAUUGCCGUGCAUGGAUCACAGUUUCCCAAGUAUAUCAAGUCAGAGAUUUGUUACUGGGCCUUUUGGGCUGUCUUGGUCACUCCACUGAUAAAUUGGUAGAGAAAAACGACGCUCAAUUAGCUGAAGUUGUGUAUAGAAGUUUGAAAGGUAAGAGGUACUUGAUUGUUAUGGAUGACAUAUGGAGUAUCGAUGCUUGGAAUGACGUCAAAAGAUGCUUUCCUGAUGACAAAACUGGUAGUAGAAUCUUAUUAACCAGCCGCGUUACAGAGUUGGCUAGCUACAUCAAUGCAAAGAAGCCUCCUCAUUGUAUGAGUCUUCUGGAUACUGAGCAGAGUUGGGAACUGUUGGAGAAGCUUGUAUUUGGGAUAGCAAGUUGCCCGCCUGAAUUGGAGAAAUAUGGAAAGCUUAUAGCUAAAAGAUGCCAAGGACUACCACUAGCAAUUGUUGUAAUGGCUGGUGUUCUUUCACGUGCCGUCAGGACAUGUGACUGUUGGAAUAAUUUUGCAGAGAAGGUAUGCGCAAUCAUCUCCACUAAUCCAGAAGAAUGCCUGGAUAUACUUGCUUUGAGUUACAAUUAUUUGCCCCAUCAUCUCAAAGCCUGCUUCCUCCAUAUGGCGGCUUUCCCUGAAGACUGUGAAAUAGAAGUUCAAAAGUUGAUUAAUCUAUGGGCUGCAGAGGGAUUCUUGGAUCCCCAAUCUUCAGAAAAUCUAGAACAGGUGGCAGAGGAGUAUUUGGAAGACCUUAUUGGUAGAAACUUAGUUUUCAUUGAAAAGAAGUGUUUUGGAGGAAAAGUCAAGACCUGUCGUCUCCAUGAUUUCUUACGUGAAUUAUGCUUGAGAGAAGCACAGAAAGAGGACUUCAUGCAUGUGAUACAAAAGAGAGGUACCAAACGCUCUCGAGUAGGCUUGCGUAAUCAGCAUCGCCUCAGUUUCCAUUUGGAUCCUUACAGUGAUGUGGCUGCGGCACCUGGAAUCCCACACGUCUCGUCUUUUAUGUGUUUCACAUUGGGUACUAAUAUUGUUCCGAAUAUUCUGUUCUUUCAAUUAGGCUUUAAGGUGCUUAGAGUAUUAGACAUAUUCUUUCUGCAUUUUGAUUACUUCCCUGCCCGAAUACUAAAACUGAUUCAUUUGAGGUAUCUUGCGCUGAGUGCUACUUAUGAGCUUCCUGCAUCAGUAUCACAACUAAGGAAUCUCCAAACGUUGGUGAUUCAUGGUCCAUGGCACUGCCGGGAGUCUGGCAGUAGCCCAACAUUGUUACUGGAGUAUUGGAGCAUGCCUUCAUUGAGGCAUCUCCAGUGUAGUGUGACCAUUUAUUUGAAGAAUCCUCCUGGAGCUAAUAGUGAACUCCCUCAGCUAUUUGUUCCAAAAAACCUACAAACUCUCUCUACCAUCAAAAUUUCAUGCUGCACAAAGGAAGUUUUCAGUGUCAUGCCCCAUCUCAAGAAACUUGAAAUUUGUGAGACAGAAGAAGACUGCGGCAUAUGUGAGCCAUCUGUAUUACUUGGGAAUCUACAGUACUUGAAAGAGCUUGAAACACUUGAGUGUUGCUUCUACAAACAAAGAGUAGAAGCGCGGCAAAUAUCAUUUUUUUCUGCCCUGCCAUGUUCUCUUAGGCAAUUGAGUUUAAGUUGGAGUUAUUUGCCAUGGGAAGACACGAGCUUGAUUGGCAUGUUACCCAGACUUGAGGUGCUCAAACUCAAACAUUUUGCUUUCCAUGGACCUAAAUGGGAGCCAAAGGCUAAUGGUUUUUGUCGUCUGACACACUUGCUGAUUGAGAACACUGAUUUGGUCCAUUGGGAAGCCGCAGUUCAUCACUUUCCACGCCUUCAAUAUCUAGUUCUGAAGUCUUGCAAGCUCUUAGAGGAGAUCCCUUUUGAUGUGGAGGAAAUUGGUACCCUGCAGCGAAUUGAGCUGCAUCACUGUAACAGAACUACCGAGAUAUUAGCUAGAGAAAUUCAAGAACAGGUUGAAGGCAUCGAAGUUGUUAUUAGAAGUGAGCAGAAUCCAGACCGUGCAUAAGAAGAAAAUUCAGUUCCUCUUUUUGAGGUGGACUUCCCACUCCAUCUCAACUUCUCUGCUGCUCUUUUCUCUUCUACAAGGCAUUGUGUAAGCAUUUAACAAUGCAUUGAAUGCGCAGCCUCUGAUUAAUUUAUGUGCAUGGGGAAAUUUAGAACUGUGUAUGAUCUUGGUCAGCAGCUGACAAAUUGCUUCCAUUCUUCAUUAUAUUUUUUCUUUCAGUAUUGCUACGUUUGUGUCUCUCAAUUUAUCAAUUUUACUGAGAAGAAACUAGUUUCAUUAUGAUUAUCAUG